AACAGACAUCUCAACUGCCAAAUACAUCAACCACCACCACCUUAGAUCCACCUUUUCUUCUCUUCAACUACAAAACAAACCAACACUGUCACUCCCUUCCUGUGCACCCACUUAUGAACUCCAUUGUCGGCACUUCACGUGGGACCCUUCUUUCAUUCCAACAUAUCCCAAUAUUUUCUAUUUCUGGUUCUGUUUGUAUCUCUGUUCAAAGAAUGAAUCUUUAAGAAUCUAUCACCACAAAUUACAAAUCUUUCAUUAUGGACCCAAGAACUGUUCUUGAUCAUGCACUGUUUCAGCUCACUCCCACCAGAACCAGAUGUGAUCUUGUGAUAUAUGAUGGUGGUGGUGCAAAUGAGAAAUUGGCAUCUGGGCUUUUGCAACCCUUUGUUUUACACUUGAAAACUGCUAAGGAUCAGAUUUCUAGAGGUGGCUAUUCCAUACUGCUUCGUCCUCUUCCUCCGCAUGUUUAUUGGUUCACUAAGGCUACUCUUCAGAGAUUUGUGAGAUUUGUUAGCACACCGGAAGUUCUCGAGAGAUUUGUUCUAAUAGAGACAGAGUUAGAGCAGAUUGAGAGUUCAGUUCAAUCAAACGAGCUUUCUAAUGGAGAUGCAGAAGGUGCAGGUGGAAAUUAUCAGAAGUUCUCUGGCGCAUCUAAGGCCAAAGGUGAUUACGAUGGCGUCAGUGAUGCAACACAGGAAGAGAAUUCCAAGACUCAUCUUCAACGGGCUUUAGAAACUCGGAAAGCUGUGCUCCGCAAAGAGCAAGCAAUGGCAUAUGCUCGCGCUUUGGUUAUUGGAUUUGAACUGGACUGUAUGAAUGACCUAAUUUCCUUCGCCGAUGCUUUUGGAGCUUCACGUUUAAGGGAAGCAUGCUUAAAUUUCAUAGAAUUAUGCAAGAAAAAGAAUCAAGAUCGGCUAUGGAUGGAUGAAAUUGCAGCCAUGCAGGCAGCUAGGCUGGAGUUACCAUACCUUGGAACUUCUGGAAUUGUGCUUGCUGAUGAGGAAAAUUAUCCCAGCCAACUUAUCGGUCUUUCUGUUGGUAAAAACAAUGGCUCAAUAGAUGCAGUCUCUGAAACAAGUAUUGGAAGUGUAGACCCAAACCAAGAUGGUAGUUUGCCGCCAUCAACUCAGGUGCAUUCUACGCAAGGAAAAGCUCAAGGGCCGAUACCAUGGCCAAAUAAUAUUCCUCAAUACAUGCAUAAUUUUCAAGGACCUGUAUAUCAACAGAUGCCCCCCUAUCAAGGCUACCUUUAUCCGGGUAUGCAAGUUGCACCUCCGUACUUUCCAGGGAAUAUGCAAUGGCCUCCAAGAAUGGAUGAUGCUAGCUACGGACGCCAACGUGAACCAGAUGACCAUAAGAGGCAUAAAUCAUCAUCCAGGAAAAAGAAGUCUUCACGUAGAAAGGGACUAGAAAGUUCAAACCAAGAUGAUUCAUCUGAACCUAGUGAUUCUGGCUCAGAGACAGAAUCUGAUGAAAGUACACAAAAUGGCGAAAAGCAGUCUUCAGUUGAACAACCGUAUAGGAAGAAGCACGGGAAAAAAUCCUCAAGAAAGGUCGUUAUCCGCAAUAUUAAUUACAUUACUUCUAAGAGGGAUGGAGAAGACAAGACGUCUGAUGAAGAAGAUUUCAUUACGGGUUCUUUGGAGAGACGACAUAAGAAAUCUCAUCGCAGCAAUAUAGACGGUUCAAAUGAUGAGGAUAAAGAAGUAGCUGCAAAUAAUCCUGAUCGACAAAAAGGAAAUGAUCAGUGGGGUGCCUUCCAGAACCUCAUUAUGCAGGACAAGGAUGACUCUUUACAAACCGAACCACAGCUUUACUUUGACGAGGAAAGAUCCUUGACAUUAAAUGUGGAAUCCGAGAAAUUGAGAAAGCAAGUAUCAAUUUCGAAUGAUUCCUUUAUUGCAGCUAAUAGAGAAACUAUUAAUGAAGGUGAAUAUCGUCUCGAAAACUUUGAGGCUGGUGAAAUUAUGAAGCCUAUGUCAAGGAAAAGUGAUAACACAUAUGAAGAAAUGUUAUUUUCUCGAGAAAAUGGGGAACAAGAGAAUCGGCAAACAACUGUUUCUGAUCACUCUACUGAAUCUCUUAUGAUCAGAACUCAAAAUAAAGGAGAUUGGUACAUCAGCAAUGGUCUAGAUAAGCCGGUAAAUAAGGACGAUUAUGCUUCAUAUUUGAUGGAUGAUACUUUCCAGUUUGAAAAAAGUAAGAAAGAUGUUCUAGCCGAUGACUCGUUUAUGAUCCAAGCUAGACCGUUAGUAGAUGAUCAUGCUGAAUCGAUCCUAAGGACUGAUAUUAGCAUGGCCCCAGAUAUUUUUGAAGCUACUCGAUAUGAAAAUGGCACAGCUGAAGUUUCACAUGAAAAGGAUGAAGGGUGUACUCAGGAACCGGAUGAUCUUUUCAUGGUGCUUGGACGUGAGUCCGCAGCUGAGAAUGUUAUAUCAUCUUGGUCUCCAGAAAUUGAUUACGGAAAUGACCCCUUUUCUACUGAAAUCAAUGGAAGACAUUCUGGUCUUGAAACAAAUGCUGCUGAAGAAAAGCCUCUUUCUAAUGAUAAGGGCAUCAAUGGAAAAUCUAGUGGAAAACUUUCUGGUAAGGAAGCAAGGUCAAAAAUUGCAAAUCCAUCUCUUACAAAAAGCAAAAGUGAUUUGAUGUCAAGGAUCAAGAAACCAACUACUGCAGGCAGAACCAAUGUUCCGAAAAGCAAAUCUGCCCAGGAAGAAGAGAACAGAAAGAGAAUGGAGGAGUUAUUAAUUCAACGCCAAAAGAGAAUUGCUGAAAGAAAUGCGGCUGGCAAUAGUCCGGCAGCGUCCAAGAGAAUGCCGGCUAAAAAGUUGUCCACUUCAGCUUCAUUGAAAAAUGAAAAUUAUAAAAGUCAGUCUUCAAGCCAAGAGAACAAGAAAGCAGUAUUUAAGAGUUCCACCAUUGAUCGUCUCGCAACUGCUCGAACAACACCAAAGGUAGAAUCAGCUCAAUCACAACCUGCCCACCUUAAAAAGAUACCCUUGAAGGCAAAUAGUAUAUCACAAAAGACUGCUUCUGCUGAUAAUAAGAAACCGAGUCUGAACAAUGCAAAAUCGGAUGUCCCUCCAAAGAAGGAAAUCAAGGUUGUAGGCAAAACGGAGAAGCCAACCGUGGUGCUGCCUCCACAAACCUCUCCACCUACCAACGCCAUGGACGAAUAUGAAGACAUUAAAGAGUUACACAAUAUUGCUUCGGCAGAUAAGAACGAAGGAAAGAUGGUUUCAGAAAGAGAUGCUUCUGAUGAUAAGGCAUAUAAUGGUAGUACAGUCCGCAUCGAGUUAUCUGGAAAACCGAAUCACCUAAAACUUGAUACCGAGGAAUUAUUCGUAGCAGCACCAAUUCCUGAAGAUCAUGGUCCGCAAACUUUGGAUAUGAUUACUCAUUCUGUGCCGGAACCACCAAACAAGGCCUUAAAUCUUUCUGCUGAGAAAACUGCAGAGUACAGUGUAGGAAGUGAAAAUCUUCCUUCACCAAAGAAAUCUGAGAUAUAUAUGUCAACCCCACCACCUACUGAAAUGAGCCCUGAACAAUUUCACUCAAGGAAGAAGUGGAACAGUGACGAAACGUCUCCUAAAGCUGCUAAAGGAUUUAGGAAGCUUCUUCUGUUCGGAAAGAAAAGCCGAACAUCUAUUGUGAAUUGAUGUCACCAAAUCACAUGUAAGUAUGGAUAAGUAGCUUCUAUGUUGCACGGAAACUUCUCGAGUCCUACAUUCAGCGUUUACAUUUUCAUUUCCAGAAAUAUUUUUGAAACUGUAUAUUUAUAACCUAUUUUCACAAAAAAUAUCAUUUUGAUUGCUUCGGUUUGGGCAUUUCCUGAGCGUUUCCGUUUGGUAGCUUCGAUACGUAAUAAGGCUUUUGGUUGUGAAGCCAUAUGAGAGCAUGUUUUGUACAUUAUUCAGGUUUGGUAUUGCCUGGAGUGAGAGUGCAAAGAAGUAAAGUUUUUACUUGUUUAUGUGUUGAUAAUAUACUGAAACCCUUUUUCUGGUUCUUUACAAAUCAUUCAUUGAAUUCUUUUU